AUGAGUCAGGAUUUUCACAUAGGUAUAAAAUCACACAACACACAUCAUGUUUCCCGAUGCCACGCAGCUGUCCUCGUGAUUCGAAACCCUUACGACACGCUCAAAGCCGAAUUCAACCGCCGCAUCUCUCAAAUGAAAACUGGCAAUGGUCAAGCUGCCCAUACAGACACCAUUGACCCGGAAUAUUUUCGCUCUGAUAAAUGGCGAAGAUACGUUCGAGGAACGUCGAAGACUUGGAGUAAUUUUUAUAAAGGAGCGAUUACUGGAUUGAAAAAUCAAGGAAAGGGCUUUCAUCUCCUCUUCCACGACUUGUUGAAAACGCAGAAAGUAGAAGAAAUGCGAAAAUUGUACGAUUUUCUCGAAGAAGAAGCAUCAGAGGAUUUCAAAGUCGACAAUGUUGAAGAACGAUUGAAUUGCAUCGAGAAUCAAAAAUUAGACAAAUACAAAAGAAAGAAUCAAGAGUUCGACUUUGAUCUGUUUCUUCCAGAUGAGAUUAAAGCGAUCAACGAGUUGGUUGAAGGAUACAAAGAGUUUUUCAAAAACAACAGCAUCGAAUUUCCGGAAGAAACUGUACAUAAUUGGCUAAAAUGA